CAUUUCCCUUCACAUAUCACAAACACAAACAUCCAAACCCGUUUUCUAGGCACCACAAAGCCCAGCAAACAGAGCUUGAUAGUUUAUUAUACACGAAACAAUCGACCUUUUCUAGUUGAAGGCUUUAAGGUAGUGAAGCAAAGAGACAUGGCCUCCACUGCAUGCUUCUUGCACCACCAUGCACUAGCCACUCCGGCCAGAUCAACCUCAUCAUCACAGCGCCAAGUGGUUAACCUCAAGCCCUCGCAGCUGGUUUGCAGGGCACAGAAGCAGGCAGUACAGGAAGAGGAUGAAGGUGUUGUGUCUCGUAGAUGGGCACUCACUGUGCUCAUUGGUGCUGCUGCCCUUGGCUCAAAGGUUGCUCCCGCUGAUGCUGCCUAUGGUGAAUCUGCCAAUAUUUUCGGGAAGCCAAAGACAAACACAGACUUCUUGCCCUACAAUGGAGAUGGAUUCAAGUUGUCAAUUCCAGCAAAAUGGAAUCCCAGCAAAGAGAGAGAGUUCCCUGGUCAGGUUCUGAGAUAUGAGGACAAUUUUGAUGCCACCAGCAACGUUUCUGUCAUGGUCAUCCCAACCGAUAAGAAAUCCAUCACCGACUACGGUUCCCCUGAGGAAUUCCUCUCCAAGGUGGAUUACUUGCUUGGAAAACAAUCCUCCUUGUUUGCGACUUCAUCUGAGGGUGGUUUCGACACCAAUACCGUAGCAACAGCUAACAUAUUGGAGACCUCAACUCCGGUGAUUGAUGGGAAACAAUAUUACUUCUUGUCAGUACUGACAAGGACUGCUGAUGGAGAUGAAGGUGGCAAGCACCAACUUAUCACAGCCACUGUGAAGGAUGGUAAGCUUUACAUUUGCAAGGCACAAGCUGGAGACAAGAGAUGGUUCAAGGGAGCAAGAAAGUUCGUGGAGAGCGCUGCAAGUUCUUUCAGUGUUGCUUGAGAAACACAACUAAGAAAUUGUUGUAAAUCAAAUGGAAAUCUGUGAUGUUUGUUUUGAGCUGUUGUCCAGCUUUCCUUAUUGCUAAAAAAAUCUUAGCAUGUACUUGAUUGAUUGGAGGCUUGACCAAAA